GGGGAAAAACGAGGGGUUUAUCAAAUUGCGACGCCAAAACCCAUUGCCUAACAGCACCGUAAGAGGGUUCCAUGAGUUGAAGGUUCCUCUCCUCUCUCUGCAUCGGUUCUUGUUAUCCUUUGUGUGAUUUGGUUCAUAAGAGACGUGCCUUUUCCUUUUUUCCAUUUGUGACAGAUACUGUAUCGAAGAUUGGGUUCCCAUCACUGCGUCAAGGAAUGCAAAACGUCGCUGACAUGCAACCUUGGAUGGUAUACUACACACUGUAUAUACACUGAUUACACACAAAAAUUUUCUGUUUUUUCAUUAUGCAACAAGAUUUAAGGGACAGACAGAAAGGUGGUUUACAUGGUGUUCGAUAAAAUUAGUGAGUCAAAAAUUCAUCACUUGGUUUGUCAUAAUUGAGCAUUAAGUGCAGCACAAGUGUAUUCAGGUAAUUAGCUAAAUUAUUACAAAAAAGGAUGAGACAUUUGAACUCCUACGCAAAGUUCAGAGUGACGAGGAAUUGUGACAAUUUGGAUAUUUUUCCUUUCUAAUCAGAAAACCUAUUGAUUGAUUCAUGAAGAGAUUCUAUAUCUAGAACACCUUUCAGCAGCUAAAUUUGCCUCCUAAAAUGUUGUGUUUUGAAUUUCAGUGGAUUUCUUUCUUUGGAUCUUUGUAGUGGAAGAUUGAUAAGUCACCUCUAAUUUUCAGAGUCUUGAACCAUUAUUGAGAUUCAGAUUAAACAACACAUAGAAAUGCUUGGAGCUCGAAAUCUCUCCCCUUCAAAACUUAAGCCACUGUUUUAUUUAUCGCUCCUCUCUGAGUGCAAAAACCAUGCUCAGGCAAAUAUCUGUUCAAUGUUAAUCCCAUGCUCAAAGGCCCAUUUCCAAAGCUUUCCAAAGUUUUUGCCGCAAUCAUCAAUUAGUUUGUUUAGGUCUUUCUCUUCACAACCUGCAGAUUUAGCUACAAACCAAAAUUUACCCCUCUCUCGUGAAGGUAAUUAUGAUGAAAUACCUUCCAAGCCCCUUCAUGUCUGCCCUGGUUGUGGGGUUUAUAUGCAGGAUUCAAACCCAAAACACCCUGGUUAUUUUAUUAAACCCUCUGAGAAGGACCUGAAUUAUAGAUUAUACACCCAUCUUGAACCUGUUGCACAAGAGCCUGAAUUCUCUAAUUCAGUUAAACAGGGAAUUGUUAUUGAACCAGAACAGCUUAAUGGCGAUGCAAACUUGAUCAGGAAACCAGAGAAGCCAGUGGUAUGUGCACGCUGUCAUUCACUGAGGCACUAUGGGAAGGUGAAGGACCCAACAGUGGAAAAUUUGCUACCAGACUUUGACUUUGAUCAUACAGUGGGCAGGAAGUUGGCAUCAACAUCUGGGACUCGGUCAGUAGUGCUAAUGGUAGUGGAUGUGGUGGAUUUUGAUGGGUCAUUUCCCAGGAAGGUUGCAAAGUUGGUCUCUAAGACAAUUGAGGAUAAUUCCGCUGCAUGGAAGCAGGGUAAGUCAGGGAACAUUCCUAGAGUGGUACUUGUAGUAACAAAGAUUGACUUAUUGCCUAACACAUUGUCACCAACAAGACUGGAACAUUGGAUUAGGCAAAGAGCAAGAGAAGGUGGAAUUAAUAAGAUUACCAGUUUGCACAUGGUGAGUGCGUUGAGGGAUUGGGGACUGAAGAAUCUUGUGGAUAAUGUAGUUGAAUUGGCUGGACCUAGAGGAAAUGUGUGGGCUGUUGGGGCACAGAAUGCAGGAAAGAGUACAUUAAUAAAUUCUAUAGGGAAGUAUAUUAGAGGGAAGAUUACACAUCUGACAGAAGCACCUGUACCAGGGACCACACUAGGCAUUGUUAGAGUGGAGGGUGUUCUUCCAAGUCAAGCAAAAUUAUUUGAUACACCUGGCCUUCUUCAUCCUUACCAGAUUACAACAAGGUUGGUGAGGGAAGAGCAAAAGCUUGUUCACAUGAGCAAGGAGUUGAAACCUAGAACAUACAGAAUUAAGGCUGGUCAUUCAAUUCACAUAGCUGGUCUAAUGAGAUUGGAUAUAGAAGAAACAUCCCUGGAUACUAUUUAUGUCACAGUGUGGGCAUCUCCUUAUCUUCCACUGCAUAUGGGUAAAAUAGAAAAUGCAAGUAAAAUGUUCCAAGAUCAUUUUGGGCGCCAGUUACAGCCACCAAUUGGAGAAGAACGAGUGCAAGAACUGGGGAAUUGGGUGAGAAGGGAAUUUCAUGUUAGUGGGCACAGUUGGGACUCAAGUUCUGUAGACAUUGCUGCUGGUGGCCUUGGUUGGUUUGCCAUUGGACUUAAAGGAGAUGCUGUAUUAGGUGUUUGGACAUAUGAAGGAGUUGAUGUUGUUCUUCGCAACUCUUUAAUACCCUAUAGAUCACACACUUUUGAAGUUGCAGGAUUUACUGUAUCCAAGAUUGUCUCCCAAUCUGACCAAGCUUUAAAUAAGUCACGUCAACGAAAUGACAAAAAGGCAAAGGAGAAUGACUCAAAAGCGCCCACCAGUUUUGUUAAAUCAUCACUAUUGACUUCUGAUGGAGGCAUCUAAUUGUGGUGUCAAUUUGGGAGAAAGAAAAAAAUAUUGCCAUUUAGUUUCUUUACAAUACAAGAGAUGAAUCAAGAAUCUAAAUUGAUAGCAUCAAGUUUACUAAAAUCUCAAGUUCAAGCAACAGAUUUUGCAAUGAUGAGGGUCAAGUGUGGCAUGGGAUAGUUUGGCAAAUAUAUCUCAUCCAAAAUUCAACCUAAACUAAGUCAUCUGGUUGUAUCUUGUUCUUUGUUAGUUUCCAUGAGAUGCCUUAAUUUUGUUUUAAUUGAAUAGUUUUUUGUUGCGUUUUCUGUUCCGUAUUUAUUUUAGACUAGCAUUGCCUCAAUGUUUAGAUCCAUCUAGGUUGCUUGAACUUGCUUAAUGAGCUGAAUAAGUUGAUAAUUCAAAUGGGUCUUGCGUGAGAAUUCAAAUUU